UAGGGGAGAAAAUCUCCAUAUUUUAGUAGUUUUAGAGCAAUAUUUUGUAAUGUAAUAUGCAGGAAAGUAAUGUAGUUUCCCCAGUCACUCCAUCUGUAAAAGAAUUGGUAAAGGUUUUGUACGGAGGGAAAAGGUUUGGAAAUCCUGUGGAUGAAGUUUGGCCUAACUUAUUCAUUGGAGACAUGUCUGUAGCCAAUGAUCGCUACAGUCUGUGGAAGCUGGGAAUCACUCAUGUUGUGAACGCAGCUCAUGGGAGGAUGCACUGUCAAGGGAGUCAUGACUUCUAUGGCUCUACUGUGGAUUAUUAUGGAGUGCCUGCUGAUGACUCACCGUCCUUUGACCUCUCUCGCUUUUUCUCCCCCACUGCUGAGUAUAUUCAGAGUGCACUUGACACAGCUGGUGCUUGUGUUUUCGUACACUGUGCGGUCGGAGUGAGCAGGUCAGCCUCCCUUGUCCUGGCCUACCUAAUGAUCCACCAUCAUCUCACCCUGCUAGAGGCCAUCCAUAAGGUCAAAGAGCGGAGGUGGAUUUUCCCAAACACAGGAUUCCUGAAACAGCUUCGUGCUUUGGAUAUGAAGCUGCGCAUGACUAAUAUAGACCCCAAAAACAAAUAGAUUUCUCAUUUGUCAUUAACAACUUUGUUUCUGUGGACAAAGUCUGCCUGUGGAGGGAGAUGUAGAGCUUUCAUUUUAAUCAGACUGAUCCAAGAAUAAUAUUGCAUCAAUUGUUUUUUCCUUGGCUCUGGCGGUUUGUUUCCUGUGAACCAUACUGCCUGUUUUCAGGAUAUUGACCCUUAUAUUAAUAAGGGAUAAGUUUAAUGAAUACACCCCGAGGAAAAAAUCCAUAUUAACACUGAAUAUUAGACCCAUAUCACUCACUUAACCUUUCUAUCAUGUUGAAGUCUUAUCUUUUUGUCUGUUUCAUUUGUUUCUUUUGCAUCAGGUCAAUCUGGUUAAUCUUUUUAAUCAAUGAAAUUAGCUUUUUAAUUAAUUAUUACGAGCUUUCAUAGAUAGCACAUGGUAAGCCAUUACAUAGCUCUUAACACACCGGUAUAAUUCAAAUCAUAUCUCAGAUAUUUGCCUUUUUCUAGUCUAAAAUGUCUUUUUACACUAAACAUGAUCAACAGUUACCUAAAGAGAACAUGCAACCAUCUUAUUUAAUGUGCAUAAAGACAAAAAAGGUUGUUUGUACUAAAUCUUAAAAAAUCUACCAACGCUGCAGCAACAAGGCCAGAGGUAUUAUGCCUUUAGGCUGUCCAUCCAUUGUCUUGAAGAAUAUCCAUCCAUUCAGACCAUUCCUGUAGAUGCAGUAUCUCAAGAAUGCUUUGAGGGAUUUUCUUCAAACUUAGCAGUUUGCAUGUACAGUACUCUGCAGAACUUUAAGGCAUGUUCAUGCUAAAAAUUGGGGCUGAAGUAAGGCAUAGAUGAGACCACAGAGCAGGAACAAGGAUUGACACAACCCUGAUAGUGCUCUGGAUGUCCUUGCUCAUUACCAAGAACAUGGGAAAACAGUCUGUUGAAAAAAUAAGAAAUUCUACACCUUUAGAGCGUAGUAAGGGGUGGAUGCGUGAGUGAGCAUGACCAGUGGUUCUCAACUGGUAGGUCCCGGAGCUGUUUUCAGUGAAUCUUUCUAGGAGCUUUUAAGUGCUUUGCCCCAUUGUUUACAUUUUGCACAGCAGAAAGAGAAAAUGGCUUUGUAGAUUUUUUCCCCUGAAAUAGUAAGCAUUUUGAUUGUAAACACCCCAACUCAUAGGAGAUUUUCUCCAUGAAUUUUUAAGGAAAAUUAAGGUAUUUUUCCCAAAAAGGGAUAGGGAGUUUUCUCAGAAUUUGGGGAGUUUUCUUUGGGUAUUUGAUGAUGAAUUCGUUAGAUUUUGAAGGUCAAAAGUCAAGGUCCUCAGUUUCCAUCUUCAUCCCUUGCUCGUGAUGAUGAUAUCUGAAGAACACUUUGAGGGAUUUCCUUACCUAACUUUCCAACAAGUUUUCUGGUUUCAUUGGUGAGGUGCAUUUACCCUAUGUUAUGAUUAAAUAAAACUUUC